AUGGUGCAUGCAGAAAGGGACUCAGGCAAACCGGAAAAGCAUAAAGGGGAGGUUGACACGGUGAAGCGCACAGACACUCGCAAUACAGACAACAUACCAAGCCAGAACUGCAGCUCGGCGGACCACGUAAACUUCAAAGGAGAAAAUAACGAAUUUGCUGGACUAGCCAAAGCGAGCAAAUCUUCCUCCAUGGAUGUGGGACUGGGUUCUGCAGCUUCGGAUGAUCCCCCCACCUGUUCCAAGGCGGGGAAGGAAAAUGGACAUCCGAUAAGAAGUAUCGACGUCGACUCGCAUGGAAGCUCACCCCCUCUGUCGAAGAAAAAUAGCAAGGCAUUCAGCACCGACCACUCAGAAAAGGAAAAUUCUAAUGAUACGAAAAAAAAAGUUAAAGUAGAGAGUGAGGGUGGAAAGGGGAAAGUAGUAAGACAGAAAAGUGUUGGAUCGAACAGAGGGGAAGAAGGACCCCACGGAAAGGCAGACGAUCGAAGGGAUGACGCACAUGGGGAGGAGGUAAAAAAUCACGACAAAGGAAAGGCACCAAAGAAAAUAAAAAACGUAAAUGAGUAUCUCCUAGAAAGAAGGAGCAGCCAAAAAAUCACCGUCUUUGUAGGGGAAAAAAUGCAGAAGGUGAAAGCGGAUUUCAAAUACGGGGAGGAUGCACACACGAAUGUGAGUUGUAGGGCGGAUGGGGGUGACAUGAAUGGAGGUGCCCAUGUGGAAGGUAAUCAGGACGCCGAAGGAAACAGUGAACAUAACAGGGUCAUCGAAAAGAAACAGAAACAAACGGUUUUCACUGCUCAGUUGUGUAAGCGAAGUAACGCCGAUGCCAGGGCGUGCGAAGAACUUGUAAAGGAGAAGCCCACGAAAACCGUUUUUGAGGCGCAGUUGUGCAAGAGGAGUAGUGCAGAUGCUCGGGCUUGUGAGGAAUUAGAGAAGAAGCAAGAGAAAACGGUCUUCGAAUCGCAGCUGUGUGAAAGGAGCAACGCUGAUGCCAGGGCUGGAGAGGACCUAGCUAAGAAGAACACAGAACAAACUAUAUUCGAAGCACAACUGUGUGAACGAAGCAACGCUGAUGCCAGAGCAGGUGAGAAGUUAGAGAAGAAGCAAGAGAGAACGGUCUUUGAAUCACAGGCCAGCCUUACCAGCAAAGCCGACGCCAGGGCGUGUGAUCGGUUGGAAGAUAAUAUAGGUGGAGAAAGCGUGGUCUACGAAUCGCAGAAGUGUGUAAAAAGCGUUGCAGAUUUUAAGUCCUCCGAUAAGAUAAAGGAGGUGAUGAAGCGGAACAUGGCAGAUGAGUGUCACACAUUGUGA